ACACAGUUCCAGGCUGGCGUCCAGCCUGAGACAUCCGAUCGGCCUCGCCGGUCUUUAUUACCGUCACUUUGUCCUGGGCAGGACGUAAAAAGGCCUUGGAGUUGCAUCAUGGCAACGAAUGAACGACAUAGAGAGCAACGAUCUCUAGAUUUGCGACGUUCCCAAGGCUGGGCAACCAAGACGUACGACACCAUCUCCUUUCUUCAGCAAUUAGACCUCGACAUACUCUACCUAAUUCUGAUGACCCGCCACGUUAAUGACAUGUUUGUCUGGGACUUUGGCAUUCUUGGUUCUUUUCUCUUGCCAAACGGUAUGGAUAGACAUUGGAUCGGAAAAGGAUGGCGCCCUGAUCAUGAUUUGUCCUGGGCAGGACUUUAAAAGGCCCCGAUCCUCUGCGUUAAGGAUCGGCACGGGUGGGUUUGCAGCUGCAGUUCGGGAACGAUGUCUCCCUCUGCGAGCAGGAAAGGUUAUCCUGGCAACCCGAUUACGCCAUUUGGCGCACGAAAAUGUCCAGAUUACGCUCAGAUCCUCGGAUUAUCGGAUCAUGAGCGUUGGACGGGUUGGGCGGCUCCGGCCCCCGAAAACGGCCGAUUUGGCCCCGGUCUCCGGGUUUCCGGACCGGCUUCCAGGUCCGCUGAAGGCAACCUGGUUGAAACGACGAUCGAGAUCGACAGUCACGUCAGUAUUUCUUGUCACAAUCGCCCUCUGGGCAUAUACAGCGGUGGGACCACGUGACAAUGGGAAGCAACAGGUGGGGUAUUCUGGCUUCAAGCCAUGAGAAUGCAAGCCUGGCAAUGGUUCCCGACCUUCGAGGUUGGUUAAACCUUUGACGACAUUGGGGGACAGCAGGUGGGGGAUUACUGUUCAGAGUGGGAUGG